AUGCUCGACAGAAACCUUAAUUAUGGCGAGCACAAAAUCAGGGCAGCCUACAAGGUGGCAAAAUUAGUAGCAUCGCUUGGCACGCUCAUGGCAAACGUCAACGGGCUCCGACUGUGCAGGAGGGGACUACUGAUGCGUGCCGCCGAAGCAGUGAUGCUGUACUGCGCUGAAGUCUGGGCAGAAGCGCUGCAAAAAGAGGUAUGUCGCAAGCGCAUCGCCGCCGUACGGAGGAGGGGUGCUCACCGAAUCGCGUGCUCCUACCGCACGGUCUACGAGCCCGCUAUGCUAGUGGUCGCAGGGGUAAUCCUGAUCGAUCUACUAGUCCAGGAGAGACUAUCCGUCCACCAGCAAAGCUGUGUUCUGGGAAAGGAGGAAGCAUCAAUGCUCGCCAGGUCUACCUGCAUCGACACCUGGCACAACAGAUGGGAACAGGAGCAUCUGGGCAGAUGGACGGCACGACUCAUCAGUCGGCUAGACAGCUGGCUAAACAGAGAGGUGGGGGAGGUCGACUUCUACCUCACUCAAUUUUUGACAAGGCAUGGUCUGUUCUGUUCCUACCUCGCAAAAAUGAGGAAGGUAACUGACGGCAACUGCCCCUAUGGCGACUCGACCGUCGACGACGCCCUCCACACAUUCUUCAAAUGUGUUAGGUGGAGCGUCGAACGACUCGCCUUGGAGCAAGACCUCGGAAAAAUCUCGCCAGACAACAUUGUCGAGAAAAUGCUCCAAAGUCAGGAGGAAUGGAACAAGUUAGCGCGGUACAUCAGGACCACCUUGCGCCGAAAAAAGAUGGAGAUGGGUGGCACAUAG